UAUAGUUCGAUUGAGAUGUUGGACGAGAAGCCCGUCCAGAUUGGCCAACUGGCCGAUGAUGGAGAUGGAACAAACAAGGCGUGGACAGGGAAGAAGAGGCGCCGCAAGCACCUGCCCCCAUCAUCUUCCGAUGCUCCUGCCACUGCCCACGACCAUGAAGGCAUGGAGGACACCAUCCAAGGGGGCCAAGAUCCGAUUUCUCAUGCCACAGACAUGGAGGGCACCAUCCAAGCGGGCCAAGAUUAUGAUCUGCUGCUGAAAACAGAGCCGGCACAAGAAGAAAGCGAGCAGCGUUUUGGGCCGCAAUUCCUUCUCAGCAAGGAAGACCAGGCCAAGGAUUGUCAACUUUUGCUUGCCAAUAUUCAGAAGGAGGACGAUUAUCCUACUGACCUGCCACUUUAUUUGACAUGGGAGGAACACCACAAGAUAAAAGCGCGCCUUGCACGCUAUCGCAUCGCUCAUUACAAGGCUGUGAGGCCGGAGUGUGCACAUGAGCUUAAGGAACCACAAGAAAACACUGAUGAUGAACUUCAUAAGGAGGUGUACUUUCAGAGGUUAGAGGAUGAUGAAAAGUUUGAGUGGUACAUCCAUCGUGCUGACACCUACAAUGUUGAGUUGAAUGACUACCAACGGAUUGUCCCUCGUAAUUUCCUGCCUGGUAGAAGUGGAAACCUGUACCGCUAUCACGAUGAGUACCGCUCACGUUAUCAUACAUAUAAAGUUGAUGAUGUUUAUGUCAAGUACUAUGCAGAAAUUUCAAAGAAAAUCAAGUGGAUUGCAGAUUUUUUGCAUCUGGAUCGCAAGACUAAGGAUUGGAUAGAAUGGGAUACUAGAGCAUGGAGGCAAGCAUUGAGGAUUGCAACUGGCUUUCCCCAUAUGACUGAAAAAUUAGCUGGUUAUGCUUAUGACGAGUACAUUACGGAGCUGGAAAUGGAUGCGUCCCUCAAGGACAUAGAUCUCCUCUAUUUUGAGAUCUGGAGGCUUGUCGCUAAAGAAAAUAGAACUUACAAAGAGGCUGUGAAGGAAGUUUAUGAGUCUGGCGAGUUCCCUAUACACAAAGCAGUACUACAUGCUGAACUCAAUGGGGGCCAUAUCUUUGUAACGAUGCAAGAAAUGAUCUACGCUGUUGUCCUGGAGGGUGGCAUUGAACUGACUGACGAAGAGAAGAAAGCUAGGGGUGUGUUUAGGAAGUUAUCUUUCAGCAUGCAUAAACCACUGAACAUGGCUCAGUAUGCUCAGAAGAAGGUGGAGAUAGCAAAACAGUUGAAGCUGGACAAUGAGGAUGGAUUUGUUCCUUUUAGACCCUUUGAGUUCUGAAAGGGAAAGAGAUUUGUCCCAUUUGGCUUGAAAUGAGGCAUUAUUAUCUCAUAUUACAGCAAGACGGAAGUAAUACGAAGAUUGUAUCACAUACAUAACCAGCCCAGUCUGACAUUGUGGAUGAUUCUUGGCUCAUGUUUUAAAUUAG